AUGCAAGCAAUGAUGGCUCAGCCGCCUUCGUAUUCCGUGCCAGCGAUCUACGAAGCCCCAGGAACGGUCGACACUGCCGGUGUCCUCAUCAACAUCGCUCCCGCUCCUUCGGCUGUCGGUUUCCAGAAAGGCUUGCUUGGUUGUACGCCCGCGUCACUGCUAGGCGAAGUACAGAUCAAGGCGAGCGGGGUGGCCGCAAAGACCAAACGAAUCUUGCGAGUCGCUAUCGUCUUUCGCGGGACGGAGCGAGCAGAUGGCGUCGAGGAUAUCGAGCUAUGUGAGCAAAGAUACAUACUCUGGGACGGAUCUGCGCCCUCAACAUCGACUACUGCCAGACCGGAGCCCAGUCUGCCUUCUGCCGUGCUGCCGUUCGAAUGUCCGAUGACGUCCGACCUGCCACACUGCUGUCACUUUGCUCAUUCGUCUCUCGUGUACAGUCUCACAGCCGAAGUAUCUCUCGAAGGCGAAGCGCCCUUGCAAAAGACGCUCCCUGUUCAUCUUGCACGCACACGACCUGCAUCCGCAUCAAUAGACACAAUGAGCUUCUCGGGCGCAUCAGGCGAUGAAUGGCGAGGUCAGACUUGUUCGGCUGCAUCUGCGAGCAUAGCGCUCUCGCAUCCCAUCGUGGCCCAAUUUGGCUUGAACAGGACCCUAUUCACACGCUCAGAGCCUAUCAAGUUGACCGCUCGCAUACCUCCGCCAGAUUCCGAUCUGAUCAGAGACAAGCGGCUCAAGCUCAGAAGCGUCAGUGCCGAACUGGUUCGAGAAGUACGAGUGAGAGCUUCCCCUACACGCUCGUCGAAGGCACCAGAGCUUCCCAUUCUACCCGUCAGGGAUUCUGAUCAUCAGGUCGUCAUGUCUCGAUCUGGCAAAUCAUGUCGCUUCUCUUCCGAUCGAGAUGUCUUUCUGCGGCUCUGGCUGCAGGCGCAACCCUUAGAUGUCUGCGAGACGGUCACCCAAUCGACCAUCCUGCACGACAUAGACUUCCAUGUCAACAUACUCAUCGGACUUGACGGAAGAGACGGUGACAGAAUCGAAUGGUCCUGCAAGCGGCGCAUCGUCAUCGUACCCGACCGGCCGCUCCAUCCCGCCCCACGAACAGAGAAGCAAAGGCUGAUAGAUGGCAACAUGGGUGGCUAUUCUCGACCCGAUCUGGAUGCAAUCUCGGCUGCCAUCCCGACCUAUAGCGAGUCCUCCGGCGUGACCUGGCCAGCAGACGGCGAUGAAGCCGAAUUCGACGGAUAUGAAGAUGCAUCUGCAGGCGCAGAGUCCUCUCAGAUGCCACCGCCGACGAUACACGACGACGAGCCUCCGCCCUCUGUCGAAGGCGACUCGCCGAGCUAUCUGAUCGAUGCGAGCACUGUACGGACCAGUCCAAACGAGACGAAUGGACUGUACGCAUUUGCCAAUACGCCUUCGAUGUUGUCGCUGCAGGGACCGCCAGUAGCGAGAGGAGACGAAGGAUUACUCGAGGCAAGCCAGGACGAGUUCGAGGCCGAAACGCCUAUCUCGGUGACGAGUGAUGACCAGCAUCGAGCUCAUGGCGCGUUUCUGCCACCGCCUUCUUACGCGGGCAGUGCGCAAGGUACGAUCAGGCACGAGGAAGAGGAUAUGUCACAUCACACGGACGCUCGUCAGGCGCCUCCGAGUGAACGCGACGAAUUGAUAAAGAAGAGCCCGAGAAUCUUUGAUCUUGGCGGGCUUGGCAGCGAGAUGGCAGGCUCGAGAAGUGCAUCGUCAUCGAGGCGUAACAGUCUGAACUCACCGCCAAUCAUACACGGCGCACAUCAGCCACACAGGGCAACCUCACCGCCACUCAAAUCUGCUCUCAAGCAUUCCAACUUGUCGACGCCCGACACGCCAGCGACAUCUUCCGCGUACAAUCUGCCAGUCGAAGCUGCACUACCACAAGAUGGCAGCGUGGAUACUUCCCGAUUGCUCGAACUCGCCCGGCAGACAAAGACGCCUGCCAAUUCGCUCAGCGAGCAUACCAGCGGAACCUUAUCACCUUCAAGUCAUCAUCCUGCCCAAGUCCAAGGCUACGAACGGAGAGUCGGUUUCGAUACGUUCGAUGCAGAGGACGAGACGUCGACGGGCGGAGGGACAGGUGUCGACUUUUCGUUCACACUGCAGGUCAAAUCACUCGGCUACACCCGAGGGCGAGAUGCUCGUACUUUCCUAGUUGCAACCGACUUGAACGAGUACUCUGUCCAUGCACUAGAAUGGACACUCAACGCUCUCACCGAUGACGGCGACGAGGUCGUCGUCCUACGGGUCAUCGAGCCAGGCACGUCAGCCUAUGCCGCAUGGCGACAAUCGCAAGAGGAAGCAAAGAGGGAAGCCCAGACCGUGCUAGAGAGCGUCAUGCGCAAGAACGGCCAAGACCGUCAGCUGUCGAUCAUCCUCGAGUUCGUCGUCGGGAGAGUGCAGAGUACAAUCCAGAGAAUGCUCGAGAUCUAUCGACCUGAUUCGCUCGUCGUCGGAACACGCGGGCGAUCGGAUAGCGUAUGGAGGAGUGCUUUCUUGGGUUCCUCGUCGCGAUACUGUGUGGCGACAUCGCCCGUGCCGGUCAUUGUCGUCCGACCAGAGGACAAAGUCAGAGAAGGUCUGCGAAAGCGACAGAAAGAUCCAAACAGAAGAGGUUAUAGCAGUCUCAUGGACCCGGACCAGCCUCAGAGGGUUAAAGGGACACCGCUCGCACACAACAGCACUUUCUCGUCCAACUCUGUGGCGAGUAAAGUCCUCGGCGCUUCCAAGGGGAAAGACAAGCACUCAAAGGAAUUACGCAUCUUCAAGACGCAGUAGACGCUUUCACUUGCUUAUGUUGUAGCCACUAGACGCUUGUAGGAUGCACAUCUGUAGCAAAGCGCUCAAAUCGUCUUUGGGUCGUAAACCGCGAUGGGGACUUUGUUGCUGCCAUCUUUGUUGUUGCUGCAAGC